GCUCGUUUAGGCCCAACCCCUGUCUGACGCACUCGGUUUCUCGAAGCAGGGUUUAAGCUUUCUUCAUCGCACAGCCGCCGCGAUCUGACCCCAAAACCCUAGCGCCAUGGGAGCCGCCGCCUCCGCCUCGCCCCCUCCUCCCCUAGAGGCAGCCACGGCCGCCUCCGAUCCUCCUACUCCUCCCCCGGUGGCCGCCGCGCCACCAGCCAAAGAAGAUCCCCAGCACUCCGCCACCGCCCCCGCGGCCGGCGGCGCUGCGGACGGUGCGUCGGCGGGAGCGCCAGCCGACGCCGGUGGAGGCGACGCGGCCGAUGCCGCGGAGACGGUGGUCUUGGACGCCUCCACGGCGGCCGGCGAGGCAGGGGAGGGGGAGGAGGAGCAAGGGGAGUGCGGGUUCUGCCUCUUCAUGAAGGGCGGCGGGUGCAAGGAGGAGUUCGUCGCGUGGGAGAAGUGCGUGGAGGAGGCGGAGGCCGAGACGGUCGGCGUCGACGUCGUGGAGCGGUGCCAAGACGUCACGGCCGCGCUGCGGAAGUGCAUGGACGCGCACGCCGAGUACUACGAGCCCAUCCUCCGAGCCGAGCGCGCCAUGGCCGCGGACCUCGAGGCCUUUCAGGCCCAAGAAGCCGCCUCCUCCGACUCCCCGGCGCCGGCGUCGGAGGAAGGCCAGAAGAAGCAGGCGGCCGACGCAGCAGCGCCGCCGUCGGAGAAAGACCAGGAGAAGCAGGUAGCCGAGGUGGCGGUCUCGGAGAAGGAGAGCAGAGAUCCUGCAGCCUGAUUGGGUAAAAAGGCGGUAGCAUCUUGAAUUUUUUGGUGAGGGUUUUGAGGAUGUGCAUUUCAUUUCUUCUUUCGAGUAUCAAUUAAACUGUCAUGAUCGGAGUGAUUGGUGGCCGGCGAGGGAGAUAGAUCUCUGCUCUCUCUACAUGAAGAUGUGAUUCUUUCUGGUGAAGUCAAAUUAUACGUGUUGCCAGACGAAUUCUAACUCUGGCAAAUUAUACAGA